CUGUGUAACCGGCCGCCCCACCCCAGAGUGAAGCGCAGGACGGGCUGGGAGGGAGACUCGGAGCGAGGGACGGACUCGUGGACGGACGGACGAUCCAGCAUGGGGAUCCUGGGCACCCUGGGGCCUCUGUCCCUGCUGCUCUGCCUGGCAGCCUGCAUCUCCGCCCUGCCCGGCGAGGGGGCCCAGGAACUAGCCACGCCCGGCUCCGGGAUCGAGGCCCCGUGCGACGGUGACAGCUGCCCCCGCCAUAAGAAAUCGGCCACCCUCGUGCCGUCUUUCACCAAAACCACCACCACCACGACCCACCGCACGACGCCCCCCACCACGACCCACCCGACCAACCACACCACGACCCACCCGGCCAAUCACACGACAACCCACACGACCACCCACACCACGACCCACCCGGCCAAUCACACGACAACCCACACGACCACCCACACCACGACCCACCCGGCCAAUCACACGACAACCCACCCAACCAACCACACCACGACCCACCCAGCCAAUCAUACGACAACUCACCCGACCAACCACACCACGACCCGCCCGGCCAACCACACCACGGUGCACACGACCCCCCACCUCACCACGGCGGCCCCGCCGGUGCCCCCGGAUGUGGGGGUCGGGAACUAUUCGGUAUGGAACGGGUCGGACGUCUGCCUCCGGGUGCAGUCGGGCCUCCAGAUCUGGGUCCGAUACGAGAACCGCUCCAAAGCGCAGCUCUGGGGAAUUUUUUCCGUCCAGCCGAACCAGACGAAGGUGUCAGGAAAUUGCUCGGACGAAUCGGCCACCAUGGAGCUCAGCUUCGCCCAGGGCUUCCUGCAUUUCACCUUCGUAAAGAAUAAAACCCAAAACACCGUCUACCUGCACGAGGUCCAAGCCCAGCUGAGCCUCCAGUUUCCUGGGGUCCCACGGCAGCACUUCGGGGUGCACAAUGCCAGCCUGCGGGAGUUCGAAGCCCGGCUGGGCCACUCCUACCAGUGCCAGAACCGCAGCCUGGCCCUGGCCCCGGCCUUCCACCUCGACGCCCUGCACGAGCGGCUCCAGGCCUUCGCCCUGCCCGGGGGCCAAUUCGGAGAAGCCGAGCUGUGCCCAGACGAGCGGCGCAGCUCGCUGGUGCCCAUCAUCAUCGGGGUGGUUCUGCUGGUCCUGAUCCUCAUCAUCGUCAUCGCCUACCUGCUGGGCCGGCGCAAGGCCCGGGGUGGCUACCAGACCCUCUGAGGGGCCGGGACACUGGGGUGGGGUGGGGGGUGGGAUGGGGCCUGUCCCCUCUAGGGGGCGCCGGCUCCCACCCGGCCCCAGGGCAGGGACUGGCUGGCUCAGGGGGGCGGGGAAUGGGGCAGGGGCCUGUCCCCUCUAGGGGGCGCCGGCUCCACCCAGCCCCAGGGCAGGGACUGGCUGGCUCAGGGGGGCGGGGAAUGGGGCAGGGGCCUGUCCCCUCUAGGGGGCGCCGGCUCCCACCCGGCCCCAGGGCAGGGACUGGCUGGCUCAGGGGGGCGGGGAAUGGGGCAGGGGCCUGUCCCCUCUAGGGGGCGCCGGCUCCCACCCGGCCCCAGGGCAGGGACUGGCUGGCUCAGGGGGGCGGGGAAUGGGGCAGGGGCCUGUCCCCUCUAGGGGGCACCAGCUCCCACCCGGCCCCAGGGCAGGGACUGGCUGGCUCAGGGGGGCGGGGAAUGGGGCAGGGGCCUGUCCCCUCUAGGGGGCACCAGCUCCCACUGGCCCCAGGUGGGGACUGGCUGGCUCCGGGGGGUGGGGAACAGGGUCAGAGAUCCAAAAAUUUUAUUUUACUGAUUAAAAAGUAUUGGAGUUGUUGGUAAA